CACUCCUGCUGUAGCUGCAGCCAUUACGCUGCUCUGAAGAGAGGCGUGGCUGCGGUAGGAUCACAGGGCGCCUUAAUUAACAUAUAAAAGUAGCGCGAGGAAUGGCUCCAAAUGUAGCGGUGUCAAGAAUCUCUGGGUCCCCACAAUAUGCUGUCGCCAUGGAAGCAGACACACUCACACAUACAGAGAGGAUGUGGAGGUACAAAAUGUAGCAUUACAUGUGGCUGUGAACACCAGAUAAGAACCUGGAAACUGCUGUGAAAAUGUGAAGCAGAAUCUCAGUGGCAGAGCUGCCCUUGCAAUUCCCUGAUGCUGCUGUGGAGAGGCAGUGAGGUGGCCGCAUGGAGGGGUCGACUAUCCCUGCCUAUGAUCAGUGACCACAAGAAUGCUAGGAAAAGGGGGGGGGGGGGUUCUGGGCGGGCUCUCUGAAGGAAGAGGAGGAGGACGAGGAGGAGAUGAGGAUGGGUUGCCUUUGCACAAUGGGAGGCAGCAGGGAGUGAAGCAGCAUCUGUAAGAGGCGAGAGAAAGGAACCUGCGUGGAAUGGAGGAGCGCUAGAGCAGCACUGUCGCUGUCGUCAAGACUCCCGCCGCCUCCACCACCACUGCCACUCUGGAUUGUGUGUUAAUGGAAGAGACUCAGAGCAGCUCUGUGAUGCUUGAGGGACCAGCUGUGUGGAUCCAGUGCCACCUCUGAUAUGAUGCUGAGAGCAGGAGGGGCAGCCACCUCUCUCGCACUGCUGCUGCUGCUGCCGUUGCUGUGCUGCUGCCACCUGUGCCACUCACUGCGGGUUCCAAAACUCUCCUCUCAUGCAAAAGCAGAGGACAAGCUGUUCAAAUACCUCUUUGGAAACUACCAGAAAUGGGUUCGUCCAGUGGAAUACCUAAACCAGACGAUCCGUGUGAAGUUUGGGCUGGCCAUCUCCCAGCUAGUUGAUGUGGAUGAGAAAAAUCAGCGAAUGACAACCAAUGUGUGGAUGAAACAGGAGUGGACUGACAUGAAACUCAGAUGGAACCCUGAUGACUAUCUGGGCAUCACAACUAUCCGAGUACCCUCUGACAGGAUCUGGCUCCCUGACGUUGUACUGUAUGAUAAUUCAGAUGGGCGUUUUGAGGGUACUGUCACCAAGGCUGUUGUAAAGUAUGAUGGAACCAUAACAUGGACACCACCAGCCAAUUACAAGUCAGCCUGCACCAUUGAUGUCACCUUCUUCCCUUUUGACCUCCAGAACUGUUCAAUGAAGUUUGGCUCCUGGACAUAUGAUGGCUCCCAGGUGGACAUCAUUCUGGAGGACUUCCAUGUGGACAAGCGGGACUAUUUUGAUAACGGUGAAUGGGAGAUAGUGAAGGCCACAGGCAGCCGUAGUCUGAGGACAGACGGCAGCUCUUCCUACCCCACCAUCACCUACUUCUUCAUCAUCCGCAGGCUGCCUCUUUUCUACACCCUCUUCCUCAUCAUCCCCUGCAUUGGCCUGUCCUUCCUCACCAUCCUUGUCUUCUAUCUGCCCUCCAACGGCGGCGAGAAGAUCUCUCUCUGCACCUCAGUCCUGGUGUCGCUCACAGUUUUCCUCCUGGUCAUCGAGGAGAUCAUCCCCUCUUCUUCGAAGGCUAUCCCUCUCAUCGGGGAGUACCUGGUCUUCACCAUGAUCUUCGUCACGCUCUCCAUCAUCAUCACCGUCUUUGCCAUCAACAUCCACCAUCGCUCCUCUUCUACACAUCAUGGCAUGGCACCUUGGGUGAGGAAGAUUUUCCUGCAUCGACUGCCUAAGCUGCUGUGCAUGCGCAGCCAUGUGGACCGUUACGCCACAGAUGGAGUGGCCAGAGCGGGAGGAGCAGUAGGACUGGGUAUGAUGAAGGACUCAGCGCCUGAACUGACACCUCUCCUCUACAACAGACAUAACCUACAAGCAGCUUUGGAUUCUAUUCGGUAUAUAACCAUGCAUGUGGUUAAAGAAAAUGAGGUCAGAGAGGUGGUACAAGACUGGAAGUUUGUAGCCCAGGUCCUGGAUCGAAUGUUUCUUUGGGCCUUCCUCCUGGUGUCGAUCCUGGGCUCUGCUCUCCUCUUCAUCCCCGUUAUUUACAAAUGGGCCAACAUCAUCGUCCCUAACCAUGCUGGAAGUACCCUCUAAGAACCACAGUUCAGCUAACCACAAACGGAGGCUAAGCACAUUAACAGCUCGUAAUGGGUCUUAUCUGAAAGACUGAGAUACUGAGAUUACCACUCAGAUAUGGUCCUGCUCCACUUAUUCACUGUCGUUCUGUAAGUCACAGCUGUGCCAGAGAUCAAGCUGCAGAUUCGGGACCUCGUUUGUUGAAUAUAUCCCACAGAGACAUGUUUUUGUUUUAGAGAGAUUUUGAAUCCUGUAUUUGAGUUUAAAGAUAAAUGAAAAGACUCAAUUGAUGUAGUACAUAUGAUUAAAAAAAGACAUUUUUGUCAACAUUUCAUACAUCAAUAAAUUUCAGUACAUUCAUUUUGCCUACUAUACUUGCUGGCAUCAUAGACUGGAGAUUUAUCAUUGGGUCUGGUAGAUAUUAGUAGAUACAAAAUGGCAAGAACACGUCCUGACAGGAUCAUUUAGGAUAAAAGUCCUUAUGAUAAUGGCCCUUAUGGUUAUGCAGGUUACAGGACACAGUGAUGAAUACCAAUUCCAUUCAAUUCAAUCCAUUUCAAUACAACUUUAUCAUCUCUGUAAGGGAAAUUAUAUGCCAGCUCACCACCCAAUCAACAGACACACACACACACACACACACACACACACACACACACAAAAUAGAUGGGAGAAAACCUUCAUUCUCAUUUUACAUACUACUCUAUGUCCGCCUAUUUGCUAUUUAUAGCAUUUGGAAAGAUGACCGCUUUAUCUGCGGGGCAUAAUUCAAAUAAAAGUGAUGGUUCAGCUUUGCUUUCAUGUAAUUCUAGUUUCAGAAAUCUGGAGAACAUUCUUGUAGGUAAACGUGAAAUGUGAUAAAGAGCAAGAACAAGGGAGUGAGAAUAGAACUACGUAUUCCUUCUAAUAAAAGACCUGUAUCUCUAAUAAAAAAACUAUCAUAAUUUAGUGCAUGCAGGUCAGACACUCCUUUUCAGGGACACACAUGGUUUAAUAGUUUCUCUAUUCAUUCUACUUGAUGUGGAAAAGAGAGGUGGCUUUUCUUGCUGGGACUUGAAUUUCAGGUGGCACUUCCUUUCAGCCUGAGGACAAAUCCCACAUUCUUUAUGAGGACUGUAAGACAAUCCUUGGUAGAUCAGUACAGAGAUACCGUGGGACUAUGAUGUUUUUAGCCUACUGUAGCUUAGCACAAAAACCUAGCUCCAUCAAAAGUGAAAAAUAGGUCUUAUAACAACUCCAUAUCUGUCUUGUUAUUUGAUUGAUGUUGCAUGCAGAUUCAUCAGAAGAUGUCAUUUAGAGAAAUGUAUUAAAGGGCCUUAGGUUCACUACACCACCACAUCUCCAAGAACCAGGAAGACACUGUGCUCCAGCAGCUGAGCAGAUCAGCCUUGUUUGACCCUGCACUGCCUCUACAUGGCCAAGUCUUCACAUUACAUGAACCAGCAUGAACACGUUGGUGAAUGUAGUGAGGAAAUCUGUGACAUUCCAGUUCCAUUUCCUACUACACUAAAUAUGGAGACUGUAAGUACAAAUGAUAAACAAAAACAAGCACAGGUACAGAAUGCAAGGUGUUUGUUUUUUUUGUCUUUAUAUUUGGCCCAGGAGUCUUUCGAUUCUUUCAUAGCAGCCCUCUUCAUUUCCAGUUUCCUGUCUUGUCUCCUUUUUAUAAGAGGUUCAAAAAAAAGAUGACAUGCAUGUCUGAUGAGCCAUUGAAUCUGAGGCAAAAAUAAAUGGAUGAAUUCUA